CUCCAUAAAUAUCUCGCCGACAUGUUCUGACGUCAACCAACAAUGAUCAGAGGGGUGACGUGAACAUGGAUUGUGACCUCCGGAAGGUUCUAGACAUGGACAGAGAGUGCAGAAGAUAAGUGAUGACAAAAAUGGAAUUGCGGAUGGAGAUCCUUUGGGUUGCUGCUUUCAUUCGAUUUGCGAUGUGUACCAUAGCAACAAACGAUAUCUCAACCUCAGCACAGACGGAUUCCGGUGCAUUCGCGUGGAGUGCGUGGGGUACUUGGAGCCCGUGUUCAAGGACCUGCGGCGGCGGCGUGGCAGUUCAGAAGCGAGAGUGCUUACCCAGUGUAACCACGCAAAUCUAA